AUGGCAGACCCACUGGACGAGCAAGAACUUCACGACUAUGACUUCUCAAAUAGAGACCCUCUCAUCUUUGAACCAUCAUCACCGCCACCAUCAUCAGGGAAAACGUUUACAACAAAACUUCGCUCCAUUUCCAGAUACGUUAACUCUUCGAGACUACUACAGCUAACGAGAAGAUAUACUCAAUUUUUCACAAAGAGGAUAGCAGGAUCUACCAAGAAAGAAAUGAUUUACAGAAUAUGCCUAAUCACGCUGGUUUGUACCAUUAUUACAAUAUCCACCACAUCAAGUGGACAACAAAAGGGAAUGCAAAUUUAUUACUCUAAUUUUCAUAAACUUCGUCCUGUGUCAAGCAUAAAGGACCUCAAUAAUGUUGACAUCUCCAAGAUGUUAAGAUUUAAGAAAUGGACUUCCUCUCCCAUGACCGAAGAAACAUUCAACCAAAAGUAUGAAACUGAAGAAUUGGUUGCUUACGCGGCUAAUUUAGAUUUGAAAAGGUUAAAUAAGCAAAAUUCGAAAAAAGGGAAAGUGGAGGACAAAUUUGCAAACAUGAGACACAACCAAAAUUAUGAGUCGUUGGUGACAUGUAAUGAAUUACGAUAUAAUACUUCUUUGGAAAGUUCCGUAGAGAAAAGAAUCAUAGAUGAUGAUUUGAUCCAAAUGAGAAGAGAUAUAUUAGCAAGGAAGGAUCAAUUAUCCAAGGCAAUUACAAGUACUCGGCACAAAGAUUUGCCUGAGAGCGAAAUAAUAGAAAAAUACUGGACUAGAUUUGGUGCAGCACCGUUAUGGAUGGAACAAGAACAAUGCUAUGUCGUAUAUUCAAGAGUGUCUUACUCGGAACAUGGCCAUAAAGUUGUAUCAAAAAUAUCUUUAAUAAGAGCGCAGGCUUUCGAUAAGGAUUGGAAUGAAAUUAUUGGGAAAAGAAUCCCGUUUAACGAUGUUGCCAUACCUAAAGACAUUGAGGCUGAAUUAAAGAAAUUAGAUGAAGAACUAGGAUUAAAUACUUGCGAUCAUUUGAUAGAUGAUCCUGUGGCGCUAGAUGAUUGUAUUGUUGAUGCUGCAAAAAACAAACUGGCGGCUGAGAAGAAAAAGGCUAACAUUCUUUCCAAAUAUUACAUGACAUAUCCAACUAUUUUAGAUAUACCAUUUGAUAGCAGCAAACUAAUGAGUGGACCAGAAGAUCCACAUGUAAUUAUGAGAAAAACUACAACUGUGGAGGAACCAAUCGUGUUCUUCAACAUGCAGGAGAAGGAAAACCAUAGACAAAUGUACGGUUUUUUUCCACAUAGGAAAAAUGAUCCAAUGAUCAAGUUUAAUUUGGAAGGUCGUAAAUUAAAUGAUGUUGAGAAAAAUUGGAGUCCAUUUUUCCGUCAGAAUAUUGAAUUUAGAACCUUUUCUCGUGGUACAAUCCAAUUUAUUUAUUCAUACGCCCCAUUGGAAAUUAUGAGAUGUUCUUUGGACGACGGUCAAUGUAAGAUGGUAUUUGAAGCUACUACUAAUGGAGUCCAGGAUAGUUCCAAGUUUGGUAACAUGAGAGGCUCAAGUCAAUAUUUGCCCCUACCUAAUGUCUUCCCGGCGGUAAAAGAUAAGCAAAUUUGGGUCGGGUUUCCCAAAGUACAUCUUGGAUAUUGUGGUUGUGGUACCAGUUUCUAUAGGCCGAUGUUGAGCAUAUUGGUUGAAUCACGGGGUGUGUACUAUCUAUCUGCCACAAUUCCUGCUAUUGACUUUAACAUAGAUGUUUUAAAUUGGGACGAAAAGACUACGAACUGUGUUGCAGAGAAUGUGUUGAAUCUAAAUUCGAUUGCAUUUUGGGAUGUGGUCAGUCAAGAUCCAGAAACUAAAAAAAUUGAGGAUUAUAUGAUUGUCUCGGUAAGUGAAGCUGAUGUUUUAACCAAAAUUGUGACAAUUAAAGGUAUUAUGAAUUUCGUCAUGGGAGUAUAUGACAAUAAACCUAUGAAGGAAUCUUUAGAUCUAAACGCGGACACCCGUGUGAUUAUUGAAAAAACGACAAGAUGUAUAAUAGAUGAAACGUAUGAUGAAUGCAAAGCUUACGGAAAGUCUCACCAGGGCAAGGACAGCUCCGUUGGUGACUUAACUGCUGUCGAUGCAGCAAAGGCUAUUGCCGCCCAAUUGGAGAAGGUUGGAGAAAAGAAAAAGGAAAAGGAAAAGGAAAAGGAAAAGGAAAAGGAAAAGGAGAAUAAGGAGAAUAAGGAGAAGGAGAAGGAGAAGGAGAAGGAGAAGGAGAAGGAGAAGGAGAAGGAAAAGAAUAAAAAAGAAGGGAAAAAUUGA